GUGGGAUAUAUCCUGAGAGUGGAUGCCUCUUUAUCAUAUUCCUAGAGAAAGAGCAGUGAUUUGGGGGACUUUGAGGAUAGUCCUUGAAGCAGAAGGAAAUAGCCUUCAGAGGGACAGGGAGAAGAGAAGGCAUUGUGUGGCAUGAGAAAUCACCUAAAAAUAAGCAGAGGCACAGUAUCUGUCACACUGAUGUGACCAGAGAACAUUGUGCGACUUGAAAAAUAUUGACAGAAGCCAUAAAUACUGAUCUGGGAGGGGAUGGAGGAAAUUUGACAGCCAAAUAGUUGGAAUUAAGCCAUAUGAAAAAUUGCUGCUCAUAGUCAAAUUCUGUCUGUGAAAUUACCAAACAUUUUAGAUCACUGAAGUCAUUGGCUUUUGUCUGCUCUUUGCUUUAAAGCCCUGUUUGUAUUUGAGUCACCUGCUGUUUUCUCAUGCACGUUGAGACCCACGGAGCACAAGGACAGGGGCAUUGUGACAACAAUAUGACUAAUAGUAAAGGAAGAGCUAUCACAAACAGAACCAGCGGCAUAGUCAACAGUGGAGAAAGAUUGGUAAAUUGGACUCUCCAUUUAAAUACAGUUCAGCCUGACACAUUUUUAAGCUUUCUAUUGAGUAUGGUGCCUGUCAUUUAUCAUAAAAAUCAAGAUGGCAUUUGGCAAGAUGGCCUGCCAGCCUCAGCACAGACAUUUAACAUAAGAACAGAUCAACACAUGGAGUACCAUCAUUUUUCAGAGCAAUCUUUUCAUGGCAAUAACGGACAUGUUCCAUCAAGCUGUAGCCCAAAGUAUGAUGAUUAUGCUAACUAUAAUUACUGUGAUGUAAGGGAGAAUUCAGAAACAGCUGCCAUGUUAAAAAAUGAAGACAUGUCUAGUGAUGGUGACGAAGAUCUCAUUGGGGAAGGGAAUCACAGAUUGCCAAAGGAGUCCAGUGGCACGAUGGCCUUACAGAUCCUGGUGCCAUUUCUGCUGGCAGGAUUUGGAACAGUUUCAGCUGGCAUGGUUUUAGACAUAGUACAGCACUGGGAGGUGUUCAAAAACGUGACUGAAGUUUUUAUUUUAGUCCCAGCACUUCUCGGUCUCAAAGGAAACUUGGAAAUGACAUUGGCAUCCAGAUUGUCAACUGCAGUAAAUAUUGGGAAGAUGGAUUCCCCCAUUGAAAAGUGGAACCUAAUCAUAGGCAACUUGGCACUAAAACAGGUUCAGGCCACAGUGGUUGGUUUUCUCGCCGCGGUGGCAGCGAUCAUCCUGGGCUGGAUUCCAGAAGGGAGAUACCGCCUCGAUCAUUCCAUCCUACUGUGUGCCAGCAGUGUGGCCACUGCCUUCAUUGCAUCUCUCUUGCAGGGGAUAAUAAUGGUUGGGGUCAUCGUUGGCUCGAAGAAGACUGGUAUCAACCCGGACAAUGUGGCCACUCCAAUUGCUGCUAGUUUUGGGGACCUCAUUACACUGGCCAUAUUAGCCUGGAUAAGUCAGGGUCUUUAUGCCUGCCUUGAGACAUAUUAUUACAUAGCUCCAUUAGUUGGUGCCUUUUUUUUGGCUCUGACCCCUAUAUGGAUCGUGAUAGCUGCCAAACAUCCAGCUACAAGGACCGUUCUCCAUUCAGGCUGGGAGCCUGUCAUCAUAGCUAUGGUUAUAAGCAGCAUUGGGGGCCUUAUUCUAGACACGACAGUAUCGGAUCCGAAUUUGGUUGGAAUUGUUGUGUACACUCCAGUUAUUAAUGGUAUCGGUGGUAAUUUAGUAGCUAUACAAGCUAGUCGAAUUUCUACCUACCUCCAUUUACACGGCAAACCAGGCGAGGUGCCCGAUGAAGCCAAAGGCUGCUACUACCCGUGCCGAACCUUCUUCGGUCCAGGAGUCAAUAACAAAUCUGCCCAAGUUCUUCUACUUUUAGUGAUUCCUGGACAUUUAAUUUUCCUCUAUACCAUUCACUUAAUGAAAAGUGGUCACACUUCCCUGACUGCAAUCUUCAUCGCUGUAUUCUUAUUUGCUGCUGUGUUACAGGUCUUCACCUUGCUGUGGAUUGCUGACUGGAUGGUGCAUCACUUCUGGAGAAAAGGAAAGGAUCCUGAUAGCUUUUCCAUCCCGUAUCUUACAGCUUUGGGAGAUCUGCUUGGAACAGCCUUAUUAGCUUUGAGCUUUCAUUUUCUGUGGCUCAUUGGUGAUCGAGAUGGCGACGUUGGGGACUAAUAUAAAACUGCUGACUGCUCUCAGACCAUAUAGAAGAAAGACCGAAGAUGGUGGCUUAUGACUCCUUUUCAAGGCCUUUAAUAUAAUACAGUAAUCUCAUUUUGGCUGGGUUAAUUUUAAGUUGGAACUGAUAUGAUUAAAUGGCCUUAACUUUUCUUAAAACUGAAUUUGAAUAGAAAAUAAAAGUGAAGGGUAUUGCCUUUCAUAUGAGAGAAUGAAGGAUGAUUUGACAUUGAAACAGAUAUGAAUUUCAUCUCGGGAGUUAAUUAAAUCAGAAAAUAGGGAGGGAGAUAAAUACGAGUAAUUUUGUAACUAGACACAUUCCAGGACUGUACUUGGUCGGUGUUUGACUUGUAAUGGAAAAUUGGGGGUGAGGAGGAGAUAAUCCUCUUUUCUAAUGAAUUUGGUUACAAUGAAAAUUCUAAUUUUUUUUUAAAAAAUAACUUUUUAGAGUUUAAAAAGUUUUAACUACUUCCACCUCUGAACCACCUAUGAGUUUGAAUUUACAAAUGACCAGCCCCUAAAAGAUACUAUUAUCAGGGAUGAGGGCUUCACGUGUUGGAAUCUUCAAGUGAAGCCCUGUGAGCUCCUCAGAGAUACUGAUGACUUGAUUCCAACUCCACUGCAGCCUUUAUAGAGCAGGGUGUAUGGGGGCAGGACUCAGAAGAGAACAGAUCAUUUUGGGUCAUCGAUUUUUUUUUCAAAAGCCAGAGGUAGGAUCAAACAAAAGAAACUCAGUUAUAUUUGGAAGAUACAACAUAAUGUGACAAACCACUCUUUUCUUUGUUGGAAAGUUGAAUACGUGUUUGGGUUAGGAAUGAUCAUAGUGUUGUUGUCUGAGGUAUCAGCAUUAGGAUAUAUUUGGAAGCAUGUUGCUGCGAUGCAUCAGGUUUGCCUAUAAGGUUUGCUAAGAGGCCAAAUUUUGUAUUGGGGUUGUAAAUGUUUCCCCAUGCACAACAGGAAAAAAAAUGAGCAAGAUUUACAGACGGGAGAGUGAAGGAAUUGGGCAUUUUGAAGAAACCAAUUGAAAAGCUAAAGUUUAUCCUUUGGGGCCAAAAAGAGACUGCGGUGAUCUUCCUAUGCCUUAUUGAUGCUGCCUAUCUGCUGACAAGCUGAUUUUCACCAGGGGGCCAGAACACAUGCUUAGGAUAUAGUUUUUCUUCACCUAUUUUUCCAAGAAGCACCCAAGUCUAUGGGGAAUAUUUGGACCAAUCUGAUUAAUUAUUGGAAAAGGACAGCAUUUUUCUAUAAAAUAGAGCGAGUCAAUGAACUCCAGUGGAAAUGCUCUAUCGGUUCUAUAUUAAUUUAACUCCUAGUUCAGAUUAAGGAGGACAUUCCACUUUAACUCAGAAUGGGGUGACUCACGUCUUCAUGUUCGUUUUAUUUAAGUAAUAGGUUCUGUAUAAAUAUAUGAUUGAAAUCAUUCUUGUUGAGUAUUUUAAAAUAAAGAGGGCAUAGGUUUGUUGUUUUUUUCUUAAUUAUGCCAUUUUUCUGCCUUAUGAUGCAGAUGUUCUGGAUGGUAAAAGAAGUAAUUAUAGUCUCUCCUUUGGAGAGUAAAGUAUCACACAGUGAAGAUUCUUACAAAAGAAAGACCGAGAAAGUGUAACUCCACAGGUAUUUAACUGAGAAAGUUUUAUAAAAAUCCAUUAAGACUUAUUUGAUCUUAUUUAAAGAGGUUGAAAAAAUACUUGUUUACACUUGGAUUGUACGUUUGGUAAUUAUUUCUAAAACUUGUAUGUAGACUGAAAUUCCUAGUAAAUUUUAUUUUGGCUGCAGAAAAAAAAUGCUACACCACA